ACCUUAUGUCAAAAAAGGAAACGAAAUGUUGAUUGUAGCUUGUAGAGUUGCACUUCGUCGUGAUUUUUAUGAUGAAACCACUCAAAUUAAAACAGUUUUCCACAUAAAUUGAUAAAGCGAUCACGUCUCAAUGAUCGUUAAAUAUACAAGAAUUUGUAUUCGUUGAUUAACGAAAAAAUCGAGUAAAGAAAAAUACCACGGUUCAAUAACAUGGAUGUGACAGGAUCGAUUAACAAUGAGGAGUGUGUUGAAAGUGUUGAAAACGAAGAAGAUGCCGACUAUUCGGAAGAAAGGGAAUUAGUGAAUGAUUCCUGCUCCACAAAGGUCUUAGAUACUUGUGAGGAGCCUCGAGACAGAUAUUGUCUCGUAUACAUCUUGUUUUAUUUAUUUGGAGUAACAUCUCUCGUACCCUGGAACUUCUUGAUCACGGCAAAUGAUUACUGGAUGUACAAGUUCCGCGAAGUCACACCCAACAAUGUUACAAUGUUUGUGCGCAAAACACAGUUUCAGGCUGAGUUCACAUCCUACCUCAAUGUGGCCACUGCUAUACCCAACUUGAUAUUUCUCAUUCUGAACUCCUUGUAUGGGCAUUUAGUACCGGUCAAGACCCGGCUGCAGGGCUCCUUGGUAGUAGUCACUCUGGCGUUUCUCGUGACAACGUCGUUUGUACAAGUGGACACCGACGAAUGGCAGAACACAUUCUUCAUAAUAACCAUGGUCACUGUUGUUAUUAUGACGGCUGCCAGCGCAGUGUUCAUCGGCGGACUGGUAGGUAUCGCCAGCAGAUUCUCCAAGGAGUACAUGGCAGCCGUCAUCAGCGGACAAUCCCUCGGGGGGAUCAUCGCCGCCGUCGCUCAGAUCAUAUCGCUCGCCUUCAAGAUAUCGCCCCUCCACAGCGCGCUCAUAUACUUCUGCAUAGCCGACAUCAUGGUCAUCGCGUCCUUCCUGUCCUACGUGCUCCUGUACAAGAUCGACUUCUUCACGUACCACAUCCUGCGGGGCUCCGGCGGCAUGGCCACUAACCGUCACCGGGAAGUGUCCAUGUUGCUGAUUUUGAAGAAGAUCUGGGUGUACGCGUUUAGUAUAUUCGCUGUGUUCGGCAUCUCCAUGGCGGUGUACCCGGCUGUGACUGUACUGGUCGAGUCCCAUCCCGUCACUUCCGGAACCGACUGGAACAACAUAUUCUUCGUGCCAGUCGUGAAUUACCUGAUAUUCAAUUGCGGAGAUUACGCCGGACGAUUAGUUGCAGGAUUCCUGUUACGGCCCAACAACCAGUGGGUCAUAGCCGGAGCGAGCGUGCUGAGGAUCAUCGGCAUCCCGAUGCUGAUGCUCUGCAACGCCCAGCCGAGGAAGCACCUGCCCGUCGUGUUCCCGUGGGACUACGAGUACAUCCUGAUCAUGAUAGUGUUCGCCUUCACCAACGGCUACCUGACCAACAUCAUCAUGAUCAACUCGACGAGGGCGGUGGAGCCGCACGAGCGCGAGAAGGCGUCGUCGGUGGCGGCGGCGCUGCUGAGCGCGGGGCUGUCGGCCGGCGCCGCCGCGGGGCUGCUGCUCGUGCGCCUGCUGUGAGCGCUUCUAGUGCUGGCGU